ACUCGUUUGGUUAAAGCAGUGGGGAGUUCAUAAAAGACAGCUCGCUCGGUAAGGAUUAUGGUGUAAAGACUGAAGAUCAUAACUUUGCACCACAAAGACAGAAUGAUCUUCCUUCUACUUUUUGUGGCCUUUGUUCAUCUUGCAGUGGAGGCACAGAAACCAAAAUGUCUCAUCACUGCCCCGAGUAUAAUUCAUAUAGGAGUGGAGGAGACAGUGAGUGUGCAACUGCAUGGAGCCACUAAAAGUGUCAGUUUAACUCUGUCUUUCAAAGAACACAAAGGAAAAAUCGCAGUGAUAAGUGAUCGAAAAACCGUGACCUUAAAUGAGGAAAAUCAAUAUCAAGCAGUGGUGACACUUAAGGUUGAUCCAGUUCAUUUGCACCAUUUCAAAAAUCAGAAAGAGCCAUAUGUCACGCUUGUUGCUGAGAGCAGUGAUUUGUUUGAAGAACCAAAAAUGGCCCAUAUUCUUUUGUCAACCAGAAGGGGUUAUAUUUUCAUCCAAACUGACAAGACCAUCUAUAAUCCAGGAGAAACUGUAAACUACAGACUCUUUACUCUAGAUAACUACUUGCUUCCUAUAAGCAAUGUAAUGAACGUUCAGAUAUUUAACUCCAAAGACCUGCUGGUGUCCAAUAAUAUUCUGGACAGUUCUGAAAUCCUGCAGAAGACUUUCAAAGUUCCAGAUGUGGGAUUAGCAGGCCAAUGGAAAAUCAGAGCCUUCUUUCAUAAUUAUCCAAAGUCUGACACAUCAGUAGAGUUUGAGGUUCGAGAGUAUGUUCUGCCCUCGUUUGAGGUCAAGAUCCAGGCAGCAAUACAUUACCUCUCUCUAAACAAUGACCUUUUUCAGUUCAGUAUCUUAGCCAGAUACACCUAUGGGAAGAGCGUUAAUGGGGUGGCGUAUGUGCGCUUUGGGCUGAUUGACAGUAAAGGAGAGAAAACUUAUCUUCCUAGCACAGAAAAACAGAUUACAGUUGAUAAUGGCCAUGCAGAUGUCAUAAUCCUCACUAAUGAGUUAAAGGCUGCAGCAGCCAAUCAGGGCCAAGAGCACAUAGCAGACAUGUACCUGUAUAUCGCUGUUACUGUUCUGGAAAAAGCAAGUGGAGAUCUAGAGGAAGCAGAGAGCUCCUCGGUGAAGAUAGUGACCUCUCCGUAUGUCAUUGAUUUGUCAAGGACAAAGAACUAUUUCACUCCUGGGGGCAUUUUCUCUAUUCUGGGCACCACCAGCUUUCCAGACGGCACCAGAGUCCCUCGUUUGAAAAUAAAGGCGGAUGUGACUAUAGAUGGAGCGUCUCAGUUUAUGGAGAGCACUGGAGAUGAUAGCGGAAACAUAUUAAUUACACUCCAAGUCCCAAAGCAGGCUAAGCAAAUCUUUAUAACGGUACAAGCACAGGGAGAUGAUGAGCAAGGAAUAAUCAGUGAUGCGAAGAUAACGUCCAGAGCAAUCGACGGUGAAGAUGGCAGCUAUCUGAGCGUGGAGGUGCAGCAUCAGAUCCUCAACCCCGGCCAAAACCUGCAAGUCACGUUCAGGGACAUCACAAGUGCUACAAGACCAUCACAUAUCUACUACCUGGUUGUGAGUAAGGGCAGAGUGCUGAAGGCAGGCAGAGUACAGAGGACCGAUCUGACCUUCAUAAACCUACCGUUCUCUGUGGAUAUGGUGCCCGCCUUUCGCCUGGUGGCCUACUAUUACACACAAGAUGGCAAGAUAGUGGCUGACUCCGUGUGGGUCGAUGUGAAAGAUGUGUGCAAAGGACAGGUAGAAAUUGUUCCUAUCAGUGACAAGAAACCUGGAGAUGAUUUUAAAGUGUCAAUUAGAACUGAUUCAGACAGCAAGGUGGCGCUGAGUGCGGUGGAUUCAGCUGUGUACAUCCUCAAUAAAAAGGGCAAACUGAGUCCUCAAAAGAUGUUCGAGUACAUGAACUCGUAUGAUCUGGCCUGCUCUGUGGGUGGAGGAGAAAAUUCUAAGUCAGUCCUGGAAUCUGCAGGACUCACGUUCAUCUGUAACUGUCUCACAAAAAACAGUGUAACUAAAGAUCAUAAAUGCUAUGAAGACAGCCACAGACACAAGAGAGACCUCAACGCACUGGUUAACAGUUACAAGAAGCAAGAAGACAGGAAGUGCUGUGAUGAUGGAAGGAAGAAAGGACUGUCGUCAAUGCCAUGUGACUCCAGGCAGAAAUACACAGCGCAUCAGCCACAGAGCUGCCGAGAUGCUUUCAAAAAGUGCUGUGAGGCUGCAACAAAAAAGAGGAGGAAGGACAAACUGAUGAGAAUGAAAGGCAACUUAGGAAGAACUAUCAGCAGUGGAACAGCAGAGGAUGAUUUUGAUGAAGUCUCAGUUUACCUCCGCAGUUUCUUUCCUCAUUCAUGGAUGUGGGAUAUUGUACAAGCAGACGCGUCAGGCAACAUCAGCCAUUCUGCAGUGGCUCCCGACUCCAUCACCACAUGGGAGGUUCAAGCUGUGGCUAUUUCUCCAACAAAAGGAUUUUGCAUAGCAGAUCCACAGCCACUGAAGGUCUUCCAGGACUUUUUCAUAUCCCUUAAACUGCCAUAUUCGGCAAAGAGGAACGAGCAGCUCGAGCUGAAAGCCGUCGUGUUCAACUACAAGCAGCAGAGUUUACAGGUCACAGUAAAGAUGGAGCAGGUGGCGGGGCUGUGCAGUGCAGGGGCAGGAGAUGUGGUGCAGAAGGUCACAGUGGAGCCCCAGUCCGCCACGGCCGUGUAUUUCGCUGUGGUGCCUCUGAUCAUCGACAACAUCCCUAUCAGCAUUCUGGCUUACGCCUCACAUGGCAUCCAUGAUAAGAUACAGAAAGAACUAAGAGUGGUGGGAGAGGGUGAGCUAGUCUCCAUAGAAAAUGAAUACAACAUCGACGCAAAGACUACAAGUAAAAUGGAAUUUGACAUUCCAGCCCCUGAGGACGAAGUCCCGGGCCAGGAAUCAGGCACACAAAUGAGUUUUAAAGGUGGAGUGAUGGGUGAAUCAGUAGAUAACUGUCUAAACCUGGAUGGAGUGAACGAGUUGAUCAAGCUGCCGACCGGCUGUGCGGAACAGACCAUGGUGAAGAUGUCUCCUGCCAUUCACGCCAUGAGCUAUUUGGAUGCCACCAACCAGUGGCUCUCUCUGAAAGCAGAGCGCCGAGAGGAGGCUCGAAACAUGAUCGAAGCUGGAUACAGCCGAGUCCUCACAUUCAAGAAGGAUGAUGGAUCCUAUGGAGCUUUUCUGAAAACACCCAGCAGCAUUUGGCUGACUGCCUUUAUUGCUAAAGAGUUGUCAAGAUCUCGGGACAUUAUUGACGUUAGAGAUUCAUACAUACAGGAAGCCAUAUCCUAUCUCAUAUCCAAACAGAAAGCCGACGGCGCAUGGGAUGACCCGAAUCCUCUCUAUGACAGAGGAAUGAAGGGUGGAGUCGGACAAUCUGCGAACGAUGUGCCUUUGACUGCAUACGUCCUCAUAUCCCUGAAUUACGCUCUACCUGUGUAUGAAUUGGGAACCGACACGGAACUGAGAGUGGCAAUUAGGAAAGCAAAGUCUUAUCUUCUUGCAAAUUUCGACGCACAACAAAACCUCUACACCGUCGCCAUUUCGGCGUACGCUCUGUCUCUGGAUGAUCAACAAAGCGCAGAUGCAGUGCGAGCUCACAGGAAGCUGAUGGAGAUGGCCUCGUGCGAAAAAAAGCGCUGCUUCUGGGACGUCAACGGAAAAGUAGGAGGUUUGGAGAAGAAAGCUGAUGCCAUUUCAAUAGAAGCCACAGCGUACGGUUUGCUACAGGCAGUGAUCAUGAAGGACAAACAGAAAGCUCAGAACAUCGCCACCUGGCUCACUGAACAGCGCAAAUAUGGCGGAGGAUUCCAGUCCACACAGGAUACAGUCGUAGCCCUUGAGGCUCUGACGGAGUUUAGCAUACAGAACAACGACGUGAAUGACCUGGACCUGAGAGUGGAAAUAUGUGUGAACAACAAAGACACGAAGAGACUGCAUUUAAACAAGCAGACUGCACUGACCCAAACGGCGAUCGACUUCCAAGAAGUGGGCAAAGCAACCCUACAUGUACAAGGACGAGGAACAGGAACGUUAUCGAUUAGGCAGACAUAUAGAUCUCUGAAAAAGGAUGAGUCAUUCUGUGAUCUCUUCGGUCUCAGUGUUAAAGUGGAAGGGGAACUCGACAUCCUGUCCAAAGAAAACGAAGAUAGUCUGGACGAUUACUAUAAUUAUGAAUACGAUUUGGAGAGAGACGAACCCGCCAGCAGACAGGACUGGUUUGAUCUGCGUACUCGCAGGAAGAGACAAGCUCCAGAGGAACUGAAGAAAGAAAACACACUCUUUUAUACGGUGUGUGUGAGCAAGAAACAGGGAAAUUCCACUGGUAUGGUCCUGGUGGACAUCUCACUCCUGACUGGACUCACACCAAACAUCCAAGAUCUGGAAGAUAACGUAAAGGGCACAGAGAAAUACAUCGACCAUUAUGAUUUUUACAACAACAAAGUCUUCCUCUACUUUGAUAAGAUCACCGAAGAGGAGACGUGUGUUCGGUUCCGUGCAGAGCAGAUCAUUCCUGUCGGACUCGUCCAGCCCGCAGCGGCGGUCAUCUAUGAUUAUUACAGUCCAGAUAGAAAGUGUUCGGUGUUCUAUUCGGCCCCGAAGGACAGUCCCAUGCUCACUAAGCUGUGUGAGGCAGAUGUGUGCACGUGUGCUGAGGGUGGCUGUCCAAGGCUGAAAGUCACCUUCAGUAAGAACAUGGAGGCGAACACAAGGACUGAGUAUGCUUGUUUUCUGCCCUCCGUUGAUUAUGUUUACACAGUCAAGAUCCUCAGCUUCAGCAGCGACGGUGUGUUUAUAUCUUAUAAAACAUCAAUCACUCAAGUCCUUCGGACAGGUAAAGACUUAACUAUCCAGAAAGAUGAUGUGCGAGAAAUGCUCCAGCGUUUAUCGUGUAAUGAGAUGGAGCUGAAAGACAAGGCAGAAUAUCUGAUUAUGGGGCAGGAUGACAGUCUGUUUGUGGGAAACCAAGAGAAUCGCUUUAGGUACGUUCUGGAUAAUAAGAUGUGGAUCGAGCAGAUUCCUCCAGCCACGAAGUGCAAGGCGACCAAAAGCAGGAGAGCUUGUCAGCUUCUUGAAUCCUUCAUAGAGUCACAUGCUCAAAAGAAGUGUGCGAUUUAGCGUACACGAGACGGCGAAGAGACGAGAGCUGACACAGAUAUAUGAAAGCCAUGACACAUAGCUCAGUAAAUUGUGUGCUUUUAUUUUCAGUGCAUAUGACCAAGUAAAAUUAGGGUUUGUGGACCAGCGGCGUUGGAAGUGCAGCAGAAAGUCGUGUUGCAGAUAAGCAUGAGCUUUACUUCUCUUAAAAAAAAAAAUAAUCAUGGAAUGAACAGGAAUGAAAUGUUUGUCCUUGUCUUUAAUAACCUAACGAUCAUUGUGCUUUGAACAUAAUGAUGUUUGGCUCAGUGAUCGAUUAUUUUCAAUAGUUCUUUAACCACUCUGCUUUGACUGAUGCAUAAAAGUCGUCGGAUUGACGUUAACCAGAAUAUAUCUGAGGAAUGGUUUCCUGUUAAUACGCAGCGCAGGAACAGUUUAGAGUUGAAACUGAACACUGACUUUACUGCAAUAUAACAGAUCACAAAUAAAGGAUUACAAAAAAAUUUUUAAAAAA